AUGACCUCUUAUCAUUUGGUUGUGCUGGUUCAUGGACUAUGGGGCAACGCUGCUCAUUUCGAUUACAUUAGAACCGCCUUGCAAGAGCAUGCUAGAGCUUGGAGCGAUGACCAGGAUGAAGAGUUACUUAUCUAUACAACCGCUUUGAACGAGGGUUUUAAGACUUAUGACGGCAUAGAUGUUUGCGGGUAUAGGGUAGCCGAAGAGAUUACAGAUCAGAUAGAAGCCUUUGAUAGCUCUUCAGAAGUUGGGAAGAUUACAAAAUUCUCAAUGGUAGGCUAUUCUCUUGGAGGACUAAUCUCCAGGUAUGCAUUAGGUUUACUCCACAGACGGCAGUACUUUAAAAUAAAAGACAUUCAGCUGAUAAACUUUACCACGUUUUGCACACCUCAUGUUGGUGUCCUGGCACCUGGCCGUAAUAUGGCCGUUAGAAUUUUCAAUAGCACCGUACCAUGGUUGUUGGGCAACAGUGGGAAGCAGAUGUUUCUCAAGGAUAACGUUUCUAGCUCUGGAAAUGGCUCGACUAGAGGACAGCCUUUGAUCUAUCUAAUGAGCUUAGAAAAUACUGUAUUCUACAAAGCACUGGAAAGCUUCAAGUAUAGAAGUUUAUACGCAAAUACCAUCAACGAUAAGAGGACGGCUUGGUGGACCGCGGGGAUAUCUUUGAAUGAUCCAUUUUUCAACAUUGAUGAGUACAAUGGCCUGAGAGUUUUUCAGUAUAUCGAAGGUUUCGAUACUGUGGUGGUGGAUCGUACCAAGAUGAUAGUCAUUUCACAAGCAACAGUUGCGAUGAAGGAGGAAGACGAAGCCUUGAAUGACGUCGAAUCGAAGGGGAAAUAUGAAGACAUUGGACAGGACUCUGCAAGACAUAUGGGACAAGAUUUUUAUUUCCUCAAUUAUUGGUUCCUAAAGAUAAGCAAGUGGAUUUUGGUCAUUAUCAAUAUCCUGAUAAUCGCUCCGCUGUUGCUGGUAUGGAAAAUUGUUCAGUCUGCCGCAGAGAUGACUAUAUCCACUGUUCGAGUAACCAGAUUUCUGAACAAGUAUUCACAUCAGAUAUUGCGUGAUUUCUUCGAACUCCCGGGACCAACGGACUUCGAUGACUCUCUCUCUGUUUCGGUGAGCGACAUCGGCUCGCCAGAACCGGGAGAUAACGAAAUCUGCUCUUUAAAAUCAACAUUGAGUAGAGCUUCAUCUAUAAGGUCCAAUGAUAAAGGCAAUUCGACCUUCUCGACUGAGUACGGCAGUUAUCUCGGUCUGGAAGAGUCCUUGAAUGAUCAAGCAGAUUACUUGAUGGAAAGUGUCUAUGAUGCAAUUGAAAGGAAGAAUACCCAUGGAGGCGUCAUAGAGAAAGCACAGUCGGGGUCCAGCAAGCCUGACGAGAAUUCUCUUGCGGUUAGUAUCAUCGAGUUGGAAAACAGAUCUGCCGAGCAGCUGACUGCUAAACAUGGUAAACAAAAGGAGCAACUCAUUAAAAAUCUUGACUUAAACUUGCCAGCGAAACAGCGAGCUAUCAUUAAAUCGCUGAACAAGCUAGAUUGGGAGAAAUAUCCAAUCUAUAUUCGAAAAACAACAAGCACUCACGCAUGUGCUAUUGUUCGCCAGAUGGACCCUGAUUUCCAAGAAGGCAAGGUGGUUGUUGACCAUUGGAUUAAAAACGUCUUCAGACGGGAUUGA